GGCGAGAUAGAGCCGCCGAUUCCACGGCCAUAAAACCCCACAGCAUCAAUUAACUGCUUCUCAGUUAAGUAGCUAGUGCAGCGAAUGGCAGGUGUUUUCCCUUAAGCCUCACCUUCUUAAGGACCGUCGCCAGUGGAUAUUAAAUUCAGGAGCUAUUUACUUCGGAUCCCAUCAGCAUGUGUCUGCCGGAAAGAGUGGGUGGCCCUGCAAUACAGAGUAUUGCCACAGCUUUAGGCAAUAUUAUCUGUUUUAACUUUGGCCUUAUGUUUGGCAUCACACCGGCGCAUAUGGCUCUCUAUGAGUCGGAGGAACGGACCCCUUUAAAUGAGGCCACCGAUCCGGCGGGAACUGCGUGGCUGACGGGAUACCUUUUCCUCAGUGCCGCCGUUGGAGCCCUUAUCUCUGGAGUACUGGCUUUAAGAAUUGGACCCAAGUCCGUGUUGCUCUGCUCUGGACUACUUCAAAUCUCCGGCUGGGCUUGCAUUCAUUUUGGCUACGAUAUAGUGCACAUCUACGCCUCUCGUAUGUUUGCGGGCGUGGCAUCUGGAGCUGGUUUUGUCGUGCUUCCAAUUUUCAUUAACGAAAUCGCGGAGUCCAGGGAAAAAGCCGCCAGGCUUACAUUCACCAUCGAGCUGUGGAGGACGCUGGGCAUCCUGAUUGGAUUCGGACUGGGUUUCUACUUGCCUUACGACCUGGUCAAUAUCGUGGGAUGUGCCGUGUCCUUUGUGUUCACCAUGUCGUUCCCCUUCGUACAGGAGAGUCCGCAUUACUAUCUACGGAGGAAUAAUGUAGCCAGCUUGGAGAAGUCACUGCGAUGGUAUCGUGGCAUCAGGGAUAUUGAUGAUCGCAAGAAGCCCGAAUACCUUAGCGAAUUGGCUGAGUUUCAGGCUGAACUGAACAGCAAGGCCAAGAAUGUGGGCUCGACACCCAUGUCACAUGGAUAUAUCAUCCGGUUGACUUUCGUCAGCUUUUUACUGACCGUCUGUGCCAAGCUGAGUGGUGUGUUUGUGGAGCUAAACUAUGCUGCGGAUUUCCUUGGACGAACAGGGUAUUCCACAGAAACUAAUUACGUGGUAUUGGCCAGCGCCCAGUGCUUCGGAGCACUCCUUGCCCGCCUCGUUGGUCCACGGUUGCCGCGAAAGCUCCUGCUUUGCUUCUCCUCUCUUUUUUCUGCAGCGGCAGUAGUGGCAUUGGCAGUGUUCAAGGUUUACGGAAAGCUUUGGCUGCUGGGCACCUGGGCGGAUCAGUAUUUGCCAAUCAUCCUCCUGGCUUUUCAGCUCGCCUUUGUCAGCUUCGGUCUUUAUCCUUUGGCUGCUGUUGUUAGCAGCGAAGUAUUGCCCACUAAGCUUCAUGAUUUGCUGUAUUCAUUGGCAUCUGCUGUUUCCUGGCUGCUGCUCUUCGGCAUGAUAGAGGCAUUUAAUGCAAUAAAGGCCACAAUUGCUCCGGGUCUGGUACUUUACCUGUGGGUCUUUGCCGGCGCCUCAAUAUUCGUGGGUCUGAUUUCACUACCACUUUUGCCGGAAACGCGCAACCGUCGUCCUUCGGCGGUGCAACGUGAACUGGGCUAUGUGGACGAUGGCGGAGUGGCCAAGGGAACGGCGGUGACCAACGGACACAUCGCCACCCACAUCUGAGAUGCUCGAGUGCUUACUCCUGUUAGCUUUACUACGAUAUUAAUAUUUUUAUUUAGUUUUAAUGUGCCCUAAAGCGCUUACCAAAGUAUUAAAUGAAAUGAAAACAAA